CAAAAAGUCAAAGUUAGAUUAUGGGGUGCCAAAUCUGAACUAAUUGAUGCCAGGUCAACAGGAGAUGUCAUUAUAAUUACAUCUACAACAGUCAAGAAAUAUGGAAGAUAUUCUCUAUCGUCAAAUAGUGCAACUCAAGUGUAUAUUAAUUUGCCUAUUCCUGAGACUAUGGAUAUACAGAACAGCAUCUGUUCCCAGGAAAAUAAUACGAAAGAAUUCCAUAUGGAGGAAGGGCAUCUAAAAGGGACAAUGGAAGAGCAAAUGAGCUAUAACAGAAAAACUUUACAAGAGUUAAAUGAUAUUAUAUUUAGCUCAUCAAAUCAGGGAAGAAUAUUUACCGUGGAGGCAGUAAUUGAUGAAGUUAAUACAAGAUAUAGCUGGUACUACAUAUCAUGUAGCAAAGAUAACUGCAAGAAGCAACUUGAAAAGAAAAAUGAUCACUAUUACUGCAGCAAAUGUGAUAGGAAAGCUGAAGCCAAACCAAGAUAUAAGGUGAAGCUUGAAAUAAGUGAUCCAACUGCAUCUGCAUCUUGCGUUCUUUUUGAUAAAGAAGCUCAACAGUUAAUCAAUGAGCCGGCAGAAAACAUGGUUGUGUCAUCUUCCAAUGAAAGUAAUGAGCUUCCAAGACCAAUCCAAGCGAUCUGUGGGAAGAUGAUAAUUUUUCAGUUCCGAUUGACGGACUACAAUUUUGAAAGCUGUAGACCAGACUACACAGUAUCAAAAAUAUUUCUCUUGGAUGACAAAAUUUCAUCUAUGAAGAUUGAGAAUCAUGAUAAGAGAAACUCGAAGAAAACUUCCAAAUGUGUUGUCAUUAAAAAGGAGCCCAAAGAAGAUAUUGAAGAUGUAGAUAUAUGCGAAGAUGAUGAUGAUGAAGAAGAAGCAUUCAAAGUGAUACGCAGGAGUAAAAGGAUAGAAAGGAAUCAGAAGCAUGUUGUUCAUCUUGAUGAAGAUGAAGAAUCGGGAGUCCAAUUCAACAGCCAAAGGUCGAGAAAAAGACGAGCCUAGCAAAUAUUGGUGACGGA